AUCUUAAUUCCUAUCUCCCUCUAUAUAUCAAUUGAACUAGUCAAGUUGGGUCAAGUCUUCUUAAUUCAUAAUGAUAUUGACUUGUAUAAUGAAGAGAAAGAUUUGCCCAUACAAUGCCGAGCACUCAAUAUCACUGAAGACCUGGGACAAGUUCAGUAUGUCUUCUCUGACAAAACAGGGACACUGACGGAGAACAAGAUGGUAUUUCGAAGAUGUACAAUUAAUGGGAAGGAAUUUUCACAUCAGGAAAAUGCUAAGCGGCUGGAUUCUUAUAAGGAACUUGAUUCAGAGAAUGAAGACUGGAAAAAACAUUUGAGCCUCCCCUCCAAAGUUGGAGAAACAACCACACUAACACAGAGAAACAAUGCUAGGCCUUUGCAAAGAUGUCAUAGUGCUCGGCCCCAUUUUCAGGGACAUGCAAGAAAGAAAUAUCAGGGUCUGUGGGGAAUAGCUCCAUCGCAGGUGGCAUUUAGCAGCACCCUUGAGAAAGAUGUGACCCCUGACAACAGACUGCUGAUGAAAAUGAAGAACCUCUCAUGCCCACCAGAAGCUUUGAAAUCCUUUACAGCUGGAGGGACCACCUCUUCCAUCACAGACUUCUUUCUUGCUCUGACCCUCUGCAACAUGGUGGUGGUCUCCACAGCAACUGAACCAAGACAAAGG